AUGGCGAUAGCAAAUAUACCUUUAGCACUACCCCUUGCCGCAGUUGUGUCCCGACCGCUUGCAAAGCUCCAAUUCUGUCGACGAUGUCUGCGAUCAUUUUCCACCGGCCAGGCGAUGCUGGCAGGCCACAACAAGUGGUCCAAGACCAAACACAUCAAGGCGGUAACGGAUAAGAAGAAAAUGGCGGAGCGAACAGCAUUCACGAAGCUUAUUGCAAUGUACUCGCGAAUGUACGGGGAAGACGUCAAAUUUAACCCACAGCUAGCAAAUGCCAUAGCGGCGGCCACCAAAGGCAACGUUCCGAAGGCCCUUGUCGAAGCAGCAAUCGCCCGCGGCCAAGGCCGAUCAGCAGCCGGAGCGCAACUGGAAUCAAUGACACUCGAAGUACUCAUGCCGCCUAAUAUUGCACUGAUCGCGGAUAUAGAAACCGACAAUAAGACCCGCACCUUGCAAGACCUCAAAUUUGUUGUCAAAAAAGCUGGCGGCGUCACCGGCUCAACUUCGUUCUACUUCUCGAGGCGCGGCCGAAUAAUAUUCAGGAACAAGGAGGGCGGACCAACACUGUCUGAUCUUCUAGAAGAGGCGAUUGAGCACGACGGAGCUGACGACGUAGAAGAAUUACCAGACGGGGACUUGCUGGUGUUGACAGAGCCAGCGCAAUUGAUGGCCAUCACAGAAGCACUCUCGAAGAGAUUUGGGCUCGAGGUCGUCGAAUCGGACAUUAUCUGGGCUGCAAAUGAAGAUACCAAGACUGCAAUCGACACCGAGCAAUCUGUGGAAAGCUUAGAUGCGCUUUUCAUUGGGCUACGAGAGUAUCCCGAAGUCAAAGCAAUCUUUGCAAACAUCAACCAAGGUAGCAUUACCGAGGAAGAGUGGGAGAGGGUAGAGAGGCACAUAGAUGUAUGA